CUCACUCACUCACUCACUCACACCUCCCCAGCCCGACCCCGCCAUGGCCGCCUCCACCAUGUCCGUCUGCUCCAGUGCUUGCACCGAGCCCUGGCAGGUGGACGACUGCCCAGAGAGCUGCUGCGAGCCCCCCUGCUGUGAGCCCAGCUGCUGCCAGCCCAGCUGCUGCACCUCAGCCCCCUGCCUGAGCCUCAUCUGCACCCCAUGCUGCCAGUCAGGCUGCACCAGCUCCUGCACGCCCACGUGCUGCCAGCAGUCCAGCUGCCAGCCGUCCUGCUGUGUCCUUGCCUGCUGCAAGCCCGUCUGCUGCACACCUGUCUGCUGCAAGCCCGUCUGCUGCACGCCCAUCUGCUCAGGCACCUCCUCCUCCUGCUGCCAGCAGCCUAGCUGCCAGCCAGCUUGCUGCUCCUCCCCCUGCCAGCCGUCCUGCUGUGUGCCUGUCUGCUGCACACCCGUCUGCUGCAAGCCUGUCUGCUGCACGCCCUCCUGCUCCUCCGUGUCCCUGCUCUGCCGCCCCGUGUGCAGACCCGCCUGCUGUGUGCCCGCCUCCUCCUGCUGCACCUCCUCCUGCCAGCCCAGCUGCUGCCAACCAGCCUCCUCCGUGUCCCUGCUCUGCCGCCCCGCCUGCCCCCGCCCGGCCUGCUGUGGCCUCUCCUUGGGCCAGAAGUCCAGCUGCUGAAGGAACUCUUGGAAGAUCACUGCCCCCGUCCCCCUGGCCUCUUUACUAUAUCCUCACAGUGGCCACAGCCCCUUCUUCCAGGCCUUCCCGUGGGUGUGGUGGUCACUUGGGAUCUACUCUAGGAACAGCCUCGUCUACGUGUGAAGUCCUCAGUCGUCAGUCCUGGCCCUCCCUGUGCUGUGGGCAGUGAGCCUCUGCCGCAGCUGGACGUUGCCUGGAGGCCUGGCUGCAGACAAGCCAGGCUGGGGACACUGAUGGAUCUGCUCUUCAGUGCUGUCCUUGAGGUCCAGAAGCGGUGUCUGUCAUUGUCCUGGGGAGCCCAGCUCUUCUUCCGGGCUCUGAGCCUCUGCCCCCCAACUUUCUAAUAAAUCUCGCCCCUGGUGCCUCUGACCCGCUCAUUCCUGUGCUCGUCCUUUGGCUGCCUAGUGGUCGCCAACCUGGCCAGCCCACGUGGCCACACCUUAACA